AUGCACCUUGCCAGUUUGGUCAGCUCCUGCUCCCUCCUACUGCUACUGGGGGCCCUUCCUGGAUGGGCGGCCAAUGAUGACCCCAUUGAGAAGGUCAUUGAAGGAAUCAACCGAGGGCUGAGCAAUGCAGAGAGAGAGGUGGGCAAGGCCCUGGAAGGCAUCAAUAAUGGAAUCACUCACGCUGGAAGGGAAGUGGAAAAAGUUUUUAAUGGACUUAGCCACGUGGGGAGCCAGGCCGGCAAGGAACUGGACAAAGGCGUCCAGGGGCUCAACAACGGCUUGGACAAGGUAGCCCAUGGGAUCAACAGUGGCACCGGACAAGCAGGAAAGGAGGCAGAGAAGUUUGCCCAUGGGGUCAACAAUGCUGCUGGACAGGUUGGGAAGGAGGCAGACAAAGUGAUUCAGGGGGUCCAUCAUGGGGUCAACCAGGUGGGAAGUGAGGCAGGGAGGUUUGGCCAGGGGGUCCACCAUGCUGCGGGGCAGGCUGGGAACGAGGCGGGGAGGUUUGGCCAGGGCGUCCACCAUGCUGCGGGGCAGGCUGGGAACGAGGCGGGGAGGUUUGGCCAGGGGGUCCACCAUGCUGCCGGGCAGGCUGGGAACGAGGCAGAGAAGUUUGGUCAGGGGGUCCAUCAUGGGGUUAACCAGGCUGGGAAGGAGGUGGAGAAGUUUGGACAGGGGAUCCACCAUGCUACUGGGCAGGCUGGGAACGAGGCAGAGAAGUUUGGCCAUGGGGUCCAUCAUGGGGUUAACCAGGCUGGGAAGGAGGCAGAGAAGUUUGGUCAGGGGAUCCAUCACGGGGUUAACCAGGUUGGGAAGGAGGCAGAGAAGUUUGGUCAGGGGAUCCAUCACGGGGUUAACCAGGCUGGGAAGGAGGCAGAGAAGUUUGGUCAGGGGAUCCAUCACGGGGUUAACCAGGCUGGGAAGGAGGCGGAGAAGUUUGGCCAGGGGAUCCACCACACUGCUGGGCAGGCUGGGAAGGAGGGAGACAAAAUAGUCCAAGGGGUCCACCACGGAGUUAACCAGGCUGGGAAGGAGGCGGAGAAGUUUGGCCAGGGAAUCCACCAUGCUGGUGGGCAGGCUGGGAAAGAGGGAGAAAAAAUAAUCCAAGGGGUCCAUCAUGGGGUUAACCAGGCUGGGAAGGAGGCGGAGAAAUUUGGUCAGGGGAUCCACCACGCUGCUGGGCAGGCUGGGAAGGAGGGAGACAAAAUAGCCCAAGGGGUCCACCACGGAGUUAACCAGGCUGGGAAGGAGGUAGAGAAAUUUGGCCAUGAUGUUCAUUAUGCUGCAGGGAAGGCUGGGGAAGAGGGAGACAAAAUAGUCCAAGGGAUCCAUCCUGGGGUCAACCAGGCUGGGAAGGAGGUGGAGCACUUUGGCCAGGGAGUUCACCAUGCCGUUGAACAGGCCGGAAAGGAGGCAGACAAAGUGGUCCAAGGGGUCCACGAUGGGGUCAACCAGGCCGGGAAGGAGGCAGAGAAAUUUGGCCAAGGGGUCAACCACGCUGCUGGCCAGGCUGGAAAGGAAGCGGAUAAACUUGGCCAAGGUGUCCACCAUGCUGCUGGCCAGGCCGGGAAGGAGGUGGACAGGUUGCAGCAGAAUGUUCAUAAUGGGGUCAACCAAGCCGGCAAGGAGGCCAACCAGCUGCUGAAUGGCACUCACCCAGGCGUUUCCACCGGCCAGCACGGAGGGGGCGCAACCACAACAGUAGCAUCUGGAGCCUCGGUCAACAAGCCCUUCAUCAACAUUCCAGCUCUGUGGAAGAGCAUCGCCAACAUCAUUCCCUAAACUGAUGCACUGGCCUCACUCAGCAGACUGACAUUCCUGUUGUCAUACUAGCUGAAAUGACCCGGAGGAGCUGGGGGCGGGGGGCAGAUUUCCUGAGUCCCGGGAGGGGGCUGUACUGGGGUUUGUGAAUAAAUAUGACACGUUAUACUCUCA